UUGAGGUUGCAUGUUCAAGCGGGCAACGCAAACAGCAGCAAGAAAGCUAGGUGAAAUCAACCAAGGGCAAAUACGAACUGACCCUGCGGUGCUUUUAAUCCCUUAUAUUUCAUCUAUACUCCUUGGAUUUCCUGGUUCAAAUUGAGGUUUAUAAAGGUGUAAACUAACUUCAUCACGUUUUUAUCAGAAGAAAGCAUUUAUAAAGAUAAUACUAACGAAUCCCUCGACAGUCUACAUGAAUGACGCGUCGUUUCUUGAUUCGAAACAAACCGUAAUGGCCAGGAAGAGACUCUGCUUUUUCCUGCUUCUACCCCUAAUCUUUUCACACUCUAAAGCUAAAGAAACACUUUACAUCGGUGGACUGUUUGGUAUUGACACAAGUGGCGGUGGAUGGAACUCGGCAGGAAUAAUUCCCGCCGUUCAGAUGGCUAUCGAUGAAAUAAACAACAACACGGAGAUUCUCAAGGAUUAUCACCUGCAACUUUUGAUAAAGGAUUCUCAGUGCAAUGUUGGCGAGGCUGUCCGCAGAACUUUGGAAUACAUAUCAUCCGGGAAACCCAAAAUCAUGUUUCUAGGCCCCGGAUGCUCUAAAGCCGCAAUGCCAGUGGCGGAAGCCAUUCAUUACUGGAACAUUGUGCAAAUUGGCUUCUCAAAUUCUUCCCCAUUGCUAUCGUCAAAAGCCGUUUUUCCCCUCUACUUUCGAACCAACCCUUCGGAGAAAUUCUCCAAUCUGGGACGAAUUGCGAUUCUUAGACGAUUCAGCUGGAAGAAAGUUGCCAUUCUGCAACAAAACAACGACGUUUUCACAGGAAUUAGCAAUUCUCUUGUUGAUUUGCUGAGUGCUGCCAAUCUAACCGUCCUUGCCUACGAGAGUUUCAAAGAUCAUCCGAAGUUUGCCAUAAAGAACCUAAAGAGGAAAGAUGCCCGUAUCAUCUUUGCAUUUUUCUAUACAGAUCAACAUUAUGUCACCUUUUGUGAGGCUUUCAAGCAAGGUAUGUAUGGACCGAAAUAUGUGUGGAUUUUGAUCUCUGGUCGAAAUCCGGACAAUUGGUGGAAAGUGCAAAGCCCUCUCGUGGAUUGUACUCCUGAGGAAGUGCGAAAAGGCUUGAGUAACAAUAUCGGAACUGCAGAAUUGAAACUCAGUCCUGUCUCGGGACCAACUAAAUUUGGAAAAACACCCCAAGAACUCUACACUGAAUAUCUAGAACGCCUCAACAACUCGGGAUAUUCCGAAAAUACGUUUGCUUCUUAUGGAUACGACGCGGUCUGGACAUGCGCGCUGACUCUCAACGCAUCGAUUGAUGUCUUGGAAAAACAGAACUUCAAACUGAAUGAGUUCAACUAUAGCCAUCCUAACCUGAGCAAAGUCUUUGUCGACGUAAUGAAAAGGAUUUCAUUCGCCGGAAUGACAGGCCAGGUGAAGUUCGACAGCAACCAUGACCGUAUAACAAAACUGGAGGUCCGACAAAUACAAGGAAACACCGAACGAAGAGUUGCAUUCUACGACAUGGAAAAUGACACAUAUGAAGAAGAUCGCAACAGUGAUUACUUCUGGGAUGGUGGUAAAGUCCCCGUUGAUGGUCUUAGGAUAGAAGAAAAGCUGGAAGGAGUUGACCCAGGGGUGUUGUGGUUUGUCAUCGCUGUAUCAAUCCUUGGAAUUCUGAUGGCUGUCGGAUUCCUCAUAUUCAAUGUAUACAACCAAAAUAUCAGGUACAUAAAAAUGUCGUCACCCAAUCUUAAUAACCUUAUUAUAGUCGGUUGCAUACUUGUCUAUGUGGCGGGUGUACUGUUCGGCUUAAACAAAGAGCAAGCAAGUUAUUUGUGUCAGUUGGAGUUAUGGAUUGCAAUGAUUGGAUUCAGCUUAGGCUUUGGAGCGAUGUUCAGCAAAACCUGGAGAGUUCAUGUAAUAUUUCUCAAUGCUAAAACUACAAAAAAGGUUAUCAUCCGGGACCGUCAGUUGUUUGGUAUGGUUGCUGUUCUUCUUUUAAUUGAUAUCAUAAUUCUCGUCACGUGGCAGAUUGUCGACCCAUUGACAAAUAAAGUAGAAAACCUGACGCUGCAGGUAUCACAAGAAGAUGACACUGGCAUACAACCGUAUAUAACCAUGUGUACUUGUGAGAACAUAACGAUAUGGCUAGCUUGCAUAUACGUGUACAAAGGCCUGUUGUUAUUAUUUGGAGCCUUCUUGGCCUGGGAAACCCGCAAAGUGCAUAUCCCUGCUUUAAAUGACAGCAAGCUGAUUGGCUUGUCCGUGUAUAACGUCAUCAUUCCUUGUAUCCUCGUAAUUCCUAUUCUUGGUGUUGUCGCUGACCGACCUAAUAUCCAGUUUUCCUUGUCCUCGUUCCUCACCAUCUUCAGUACCUCGUUUACUCUGAGUCUUGUUUUUGUUCCAAAGAUAAUGUUCUUAAGAACCGCAGACGACAAUAGUUUUUCAACUGCCACUGGCUCAACUAUGGAAGGUGGACGAAUGUCAUCGAAGGUGGAACCACAACAUACUUCUAAAACAAGCGAGGAGAACACUAAAGAGACAGAAGAAUGACUUACUAUGUGAGAUUUUAGAGAAUUGCAGAGGAAAUAACACCUUUCUUUAAUAUUAUGGAGACAUCCUGAAGCUUACAAGAGUCUUAGAGCAGGAAAUUAUGUUAAUCGUGUUUGACGCAACAACAAUUGCUUUUCUGUUAUUAAAAAAUUUUGUGGAAAAGUUCUUAAAUUGAGCUGAUUUAAGAAUUUCACUUGCUUCGAGAAGUGGUAAAAAAAGAUCUGAUAAGCGCUAGAGCCUCUCUCGUAUGCUUUUUAGGCUGUAUUGAAGUUAUAGAGCUAAACAAAAAUACCGCAUAAGAGCAAAAGUAUCUAAAUUAGAAUUUCUUGUUUCGUAAGAAAUCAUUUAUUAGCGUAGUACGUCUCCUGUUUCCGCUUGUACGGUCAUUUUAAGAGAAUGUCAAGAUAAUUGUCCCCAAUGUUCUUUUGGAGACAUGGCAACACUUACAUGGACUAGUGCAACUUCAGAAUGGAAUACUGCCAUAUCAACCAGUCGAGUGCAAUACUGGGAGAGCUUCGUGACCACCCAGGACUCGCAGAUGCCACGGUUAAAGUGCACUUAACACUUAGAAAUCAGCUAUUCUGGGAAAAAGACAAUAUAUUUCUUUCCACUGUAGAAUGACCCUAAACUUGACGAGGAAUGCAACGCGGAAGU